GCAACAGUGACCAGAGAGCUAUCUCUUUGGUCCUUGAAUUUAGGAGUCCUAAUCACAGUACUGUAACGCUUCCGUCUCUGAUUUUGACCACAGACAUGUAACGUUUAGUAUCGUAAGUUUAGCAGUGCGAUAAAUCGCGGAUAGACGGCUGCAUUAUGGCAUCCCCACCUACAAAUGAAGUCCGUGUCGUUAGCCCUGGUGAGCCUGGGACAUCGGGGGAAUAUCCAGGGCCCCGACCACCUAGUCGAUCACAUUGUCCAGUACCAACUGUAGCUUCCCCGGGAUCUCUAAUGGUGGAGUCUGUGGACGAUGCGGAGGGGCUUUACGUCGCAGUUGAAAGGUGCCCCCUUUGUAACACUGCACGACGCAGACUAACUUGUGCCCGAUGUAUUCAGACUGGCGAUUUCGUAUAUUUCGAUGGACGGAACCCCGAACGAUACACAGAAAAAUUGGAAAGACUUCAAAAGCUGAAAAAUGAAAAGGAGAGUCUUCAGCAAAGAGUCAUCAAAGCUAUGGAUAAGAAAGUCAAGGCAGAUCAACUUAAGUGGAAGAUCAUGUCUUGCAAGAUGAAGAUUGAGCAGUUGAAAGAAGCCAUUUGCAGCGGAAAUGAAGAAGUGAAGUCUGGCCAGGACCUUCUGUUACGUACUCAAGAGGAGAGCCAGCGUCUGCAGCGACGCGCCAUCCGUCACCAGGACAAAAGGGACAAGAUAGAACGCCACAACCGUCGCCUCGGCGAACUUCUAGAGAAGAGGGGGAAGGAGCUCCAGGGGCGUCUGGAGGCCCUGGCAGAGGUGCGACGAGGUCAUAUACUGGAGCUCACCACCCACAUCUUCCCCAUGCAGGAGGAGAAACAGGGCAGCAGGGAUCCAGUGGACUCAGUAGAAUGUGAACUGGCUCUGACUUCCAGUACGGUCAACGAGUUAGCCGAAGCCCGACGGACCACCUACCUGUCUGGCCGCUGGAUCUGGGACGACCAGAACGGAGAGACCAGCAUUAGCAUCACUGGCCCUCAUGUUACACUACCCAGCAAUGGAGACUGCUCAGCCUAUUACAGCUGGGUAGAAGAGAAGAGCACCAAUCAGGAGCCAGAGCUGGAUCACAUAAACCCUGCUCACACCAUCAGUGCUGCCCUCUGCUAUGCCACUCAACUAGUCAAUAUCCUUUCUCAUAUUUUGGAUGUCAACCUGCCCAAAAAGUUAUGCAACAGCGAGUUCUGUGGCGAUAACCUCAGUCGGUACAGGUUCACCCGCGCUGUCAACAAACUCAACACAAACAUCCUCCAUCUCUGUUUCUCCCAGCAUGUGGACAGUGAGUUAUUACAUCCUCAUCAUACCCUGAGGAACAUCAUGUUUCUGGUCUCCCCAGACAACAAGAACAUUGGCAGAACCGGGCCUUUCGAGGUCAGCGCAGACCUGGAGGACUCCAUGGAGUUUGUGGAGCCGGAGGCGGCGGGCCCGGCGGAGGAGAGCGGAGACGAGGCCGUGACUGACGAAGAGACGGACCUGGGAACGGACUGGGAGACGGUGCCCAGCCCGCGUUUCUGCGACAUCCCGUCUCAGCCGAUGGAUCUGUCCCAGAGCACAGCGAUGCAGGCCUCCCAGCCCUCGGCCAACGCCGGGGGGAUGAUCUCCUCAGCCGCGGCCUCCGUCACCUCCUGGUUCCGUGCCUACACCGGUCAGCGCUGAGCAGCCUGCUCAGAAUGGUGUGAAAAUGGUUAACGUAGAGAAUUGUCAAACCCAACUCCCUGAGGGUGACUGAGGGGGGGAGUGAUUGUCAAAGCAGGAUUUCUCUUGCCAGAGUCCUGCUAAGGGAUGGAAAUGCACCUUUUGUUCACCAGCUUUUCAAUAUAUCUUACCGUUCGUAGUACUGUUCCCACUAUGGUCUGAGAGGGUGGAGCAGAUUAUCCGUGUGAGUAUGCGCAUGUAAAUGCGUAAUUCAUAUUUUUAUUGAAUUAAAAGUGUUUUUACGUUACAGAGGAAGUCAUGGAGUUGAGGGGGAAAUGCUUCACCGGUAUAAUUUUUGGCACUCAUUUUAAACCUUUAUAAGCUCUUUCGACCAGCAACCACUACUGAUUAAAGCGGUGGAUUAAUGUCUAAAACAGGAAGAAUCAGCUUCACCAGUUCUUAUAUGAGGGUUUUUCAAGAAAGCGGAGAAACAAGUGCAUGUUAUGUUUAUGUUUUGUUUUACCAGUAUCAGUGGUAAGGACAUCAUGUAUGAAUUGUGAGUUUACAGACUGAGAAGUAUGAUCAAUUUAAAAUUAUGCAUAUUGAUCUAUAAAUGUCACAUCAAGCAAUAGGUUUUUUUUUUGUGUGUGUGUGUGAAUGAGUGUGAUGUUACUGCGCUGAACACCACUGUAAAAUGCCUAGUAGUCAUUAAGGGUGACAAAAAUCCCAGUAUUUAGUAUUCAAAGGGUUACAGGAUUUGGGAAUUUCUUGGAAAUCAUUAAGAAAAUUGAAAAAGUAAAAAA